AUAUUUUUUGAGGAUUAUUGCGGAAAACUUUACUGGGUUUUCUGUUUGCUAGAUUUUCUCUGCUUCAAAAAUUUGGCCAUUUUCUUUGGUGUUUUUUUUUGAGUGUUUUUGCGGUUGUGGAGGACUUUGAUCUGAGAAAGUUGGGAGGCUUUUAUAUUCAGCAUUUUUUUUUAAAAAAAAUACAGUUUUGGUUUUCAGUGAUUGGAAAGUGGUAAUCUUUUUUGGGGUGGUUUAAACAUGUCUGAUGGGUACUAUAAUUCGAAGAAGACUGAUGAUAUCUGUGAAGAAGUUUGUGGACAGCAGGCGUCCUGGGCAGCAUUGACCAUGUCUAGAUUGCGGUGCAUGUUGCGGGGAUUCGAUAUCAAGACUUAUAUUUUCCUGCUUGUGGUUAUCCCGGUAUUCAUCUUUGGCAUAUAUUUGCAUGGGCAGAAAAUCACCUAUUUCCUAAGACCAAUAUGGGAAUCUCCUCCUAAGCCUUUCCAUGAAAUCCCUCACUAUUAUCAUGAGAAUGUGACAAUGGAGACUCUCUGCAGCCUUCAUGGGUGGAAAAUUCGUGAGUCCCCUAGACGAGUCUUUGAUGCAGUGUUGUUCAGCAACGAGAUAGAUAUUCUCAAACUUCGUUGGAAUGAAUUGUAUCCAUACAUAACGCAAUUUGUGCUUCUUGAGUCCAACUCGACAUUCACUGGCUUACCAAAACCAUUGAUUUUUGCUAGCAACAGACUGGAAUUUAAAUUUAUUGAGCCUCGUUUGACAUAUGGGAUGAUUGGUGGGAGAUUCAAGAAGGGAGAAAACCCUUUUGUUGAGGAGGCAUACCAGAGAGUUGCUUUGGACCAGCUUAUCAGAAUAGCUGGUAUAGAAGAUGAUGAUUUAUUGAUUAUGUCUGAUGUGGAUGAGAUCCCUAGUGCACAUACCAUUAAUCUAUUGAGAUGGUGUGAUGGUGUACCACCUGUCAUUCAUCUUCAAUUGAGAAACUAUUUGUACUCUUUUGAGUAUCAUGUAGACAACAAGAGCUGGAGAGCCUCAGUCCACAGAUAUAAGACAGGAAAGACAAGAUAUGCUCAUUAUCGUCAAGCUGAUGUCAUUUUGUCAGAUGCAGGGUGGCAUUGUAGCUUUUGCUUUCGGCAUAUUCGUGAGUUUAUAUUCAAGAUGAAAGCUUACAGCCAUACUGAUAGAGUGAGGUUCUCUCACUACUUGAACCCCAAGAGGAUCCAGGAUGUAAUAUGCAGAGGGGCUGACCUAUUUGACAUGAUUCCUGAGGAAUACACGUUCAAGGAGAUCAUUGGGAAGAUGGGACCUAUCCCUCACUCCUAUUCAGCUGUCCAUCUGCCUGCGUAUUUGUUGAAUAAUGCGGAAGAAUACAAAUAUCUUUUGCCUGGUAACUGCAAAAGAGAAAGUGGCUGAGUCGAGAAAAUUGUGUGCUGUAAAAAUCUCCAAUUACAAGUUGUGCCUGCACCGGAAAGGGCUGCAUUGGCCAUUUGAUGGCUAUGGUGUAGCAUUGAUAAGUUACCUUUAUCCAACAAAAUCUAGGCAUUAUAGUGAAGCUGGGUAGAACUUGAUGGGAUCUAUGACUGUGAGGGGAAACAUUAUAUGUGUCCUCUUUUUGAAGUUGGUUUCUUCCGUUAUGGAGGCAUAUCCAAUUUCCCUAUCCGAGAGCUUGUUGUGAGGGAAGUAGAUGUUUUGGUUUGGAAAGCUUACAUGCCACCUCCUGUUGGUCUGACAUUUCCCCGAACUGCAUGAAUGAGUAGAAUGAGAUUUCCCAGAUUUUUCCUUGAUGGGAAUUUUGUUUUUCUUGGACUAAUUGAUUCGUAUAUCUCCUCUUACAAAGUAGUACUGACAUAUGACAAUAACUCGGUGAUUUGUAUCAUUUGACUGCUCUUUGUUCUUCCAUUGAUCAUAAUGUUGAAUGAUUCAUUUCCUACUGGAUUACAUUUUGUUACUUUUCUCAGGCAAUGUUUCAAUUUCUUCCAGCCUCUCAAUUCCCUUUAGCUCCAAACUCUUUGUUGCUGUCUAUUUCUGUAUUUUCCUUUUUUGUAAAUUUUCAACACGUUUAAGGUUGGCAUAAUGAGGAAA